AUGCCCUCUUUCACUACCAAGGGCCUCGCCGCUGUGGCCCUGGGCGCUGCUGUCGCUCAGGCCCAGCUCUGGGAUCAGGUCAUCCAGACAAACUACGGUCCUGUUAAGGGCUUCAAGUACUUCACUAACGAGACUGUUCUCGAGAAGUACUUCGGUACCACCGAGUCCAAUGUCACCGCUUUUCUGGGUAUCCCCUUCGCUGCCGACACUGGCUACCAGAACCGCUGGAAGCCUCCCCAGCCCCGUGAGCCCUGGAACACGACCUUGAACGCCACCUCUUUUGGCCCUGCAUGUCCCAGCAACUACGAGACUUAUAUCAGCGAGGACUGCCUCAGCCUGAACAUCUGGACUAAUGCUGCCUCGGCCGAUGCCAAGCUUCCCGUCAUUGUUUGGAACCAGGGUUCCGACGAGACCAGUGAUAAUGCUUGGUGGUAUGGUGGCGGUAUGGCCAUGAAGGAUGUUAUCCUCAUCUCCUUCAACCGCCGUGACGAUGCCUUCGGCUACCUCGCCCUCCCUGAGCUCAACGCUGAGGGUCUUGCUGCCACCGGUCACAACACCUCUGGCAACUAUGGUGUCCUGGAUCAACUGGAGGUUCUCAAGUGGGUUCAGAAGAACAUCGCCAACUUCGGUGGUGAUCCUGACCGUGUCAUCGUUGCUGGUCAGUCCUUCGGUUCUUCCCAGGUCUACCACGCCGUCAACAGCCCUCUCUUCUCCGGCUACUUCCACGGUGGUAUCUCCGAGUCUGGUAUCCGCUACCCCUACGACCCCAUGCUUGCCGGGCUGGCUACUUCCUACGUCAACAUGUCUACCGCCAUUACCCACGGUACAUCCUACAUGAGCGAGCACAACGUCUCCACCGUCGCCGAGCUGCGUGAGCUCUCCAUGGAGGACCUCCUCGUCGGCUCUCAGGACCGUGUCAACGGCACCUGGAUCUGGUGGGUUACUGCUCUCUCCGCAGGCUACCCCCUGAUCUUCAAGCCCGUCCUGGACGACUACGUCCUUCCCUCCACCUACCUCGAGACCCUCAUCAAUGGCCCUGCCAACGACGUCCCUGUCAUCACCGGUAACACCAAGGACGAGUCCGGCGCCUCUACCACCACCGACUACACCGUCCACGAAUACCUCAAUUACACUUCCCUGAAGUACGGCGACCUCUUCGACCGCUACAUCAAGCUCUACCCCACCAACAACAACCAGAGCACCGCCGACCGUUCCUGGAACGCCGCCGCCCGUGACGCCUCCCUCAUUGGCUCCUGGGCCUACGCCACCGACUGGUACAAGGCCGCCGAGUCCGACUUCUACACCUACUACUGGACCCACGCUCCCCCGGGCCAGGACCAGGGUGCCUUCCACCAGUCUGAGAUCAUGUACGCCCUGAACGCUCUCUACGCCAACGCCGACACCUACCCCUUCACCGAUGUUGACUACGAAAUUGGUGCGAAGAUGUCCGCCUACUGGGCCAACUUCGCCAAGACCCUCAACCCUAACCAGGGUGGCUCUUACACUGGCAAGGGCAGCCUGCCCAACUGGGCCCCCAACAGCCCCAACGGCACCCAGAUCGUCAUGGAGCUGGGUAACUACUUCGGCAAUGUCCCCAUUGCUCACCCUGACCAGGUUAAGUUCAUGAUGGACUACUUCCACCAGCAGAUUCCUUACUAG